AUGUGGGCUUUCGGCGCUUUGAACAAGCCAAGUGGGUAUGCUUUGGCCGAAGUCCCGAUUCGUUCUCCUCCCGCCAACUGUUGGGGUCUUGUGGCGGUUGGUUCUAGUAUCUACAACAUUGGAUCGGAUAUCCACGGAGACGCCUCCUCUAGGGUCUCUAUUCUGGAUUGCAAGUCUCACACGUGGCACGAGGGUCCAAGCUUGCCUGUAGGGCUAUUGAAAAACUCUGCUAGUGUCCUUGACAAAAAGAUUUAUGUAGCUGGAUACUACAAAGUUGGCCAUUGUUCCUUGAAGAACUCGUUCCAAGUGUUUGACACAAAAACACAAAUUUGGGAUCCUAAGCCCAUCCCUUACACCGGGGGAGAGACAUUAUCAACCACAAGCGCAUGUAGUGACGGAAAGUUUCUCGUGAGAGUUGUCGGCGAUGUGUUUGCUUACGAUCCCAAGGAAGGUGGUAGAUGGGACAUGCUUGAAGAUUGCGAUAUGUGGCCCCAUACGGUACCAGAUUCUUCUUCUUGCGUUAUAGAGAAUGUUUUGUAUCAUGCUUUUCAGAAGAGAGACAAAGUUCACGGAGGCUUCAGAUGGUAUGACGCUAAGAGAAACAAAUGGAGAGAUUUGAAGGGUUUAGUAGGACUGCCUGAGUUCCCUUAUAAUGCUUCUGUUACAUUUGGUGAUUAUGGUGGAAAGAUGGCUGUUUUUUGGGACCAGCGUAUGGGACGGGAGCCGUAUUGUUUCGUUAAUACGAGCAAGGUUUGGUGUGCGGUGAUUGCACUUGAAAGGCGUAAUAGUCGUGAAAUUUGGGGGGAAGUUGAGUGGUUUGAUCAUGUGCUUACACUCCCUACAGGAUAUCAUUUCCUCAAGGCUAAGGGUGAAUUGGAGACCGAGUUGGCUCGCUAUGGGUCGGAUGAAACUGGGCUACGUGACGAGUUGGAACAGGUUAGUGACGAGAAUUUCGGGUUGAAGAAGGAAUUGGGUCUGGUUAUGGAUCUUGUUAGCGAUCGAUUUAGGGAGGUGGGUGUUGGGGUUGAUAGGUUGGUGAUGGAGAAAGAUGACGAUUUAUCGUCGGAGAGCAGUAAAAAAGAAGAAGACAAGGACAAAGAAGCUGCUCAAAAAGCUGAAAUCAGCAAACGCGAGAAAGCCGGGAAGCCCAAGUUGAAGAAGCAGAAGAUUCAGGACUCACAGAAUGCUGAGGAUAUGAACAACAACAGAAAAGAGAGACUACUGCAGCAAAUAUUUGCACAUUUUGCUAAAGUUUAUCCAUCUUCUUCUCAAAAGAAGACCCAAAGAAGGGGUCGUCGUCACGCUUCUGAAUUGACAGAAGAUCACGAAGACAAAAAGUUUUUAAAAGAAGCAAAGGCUGGUUUAACUAGAUCUGGGAACACACGGUUGUUCACAAAGCCCUCCUGUAUUGUAGGGAAGUUAAGAGAUCACCACUUAGCUGGUUUAAACUGGCUCAUUCGGCUGAAUGAGCACGGCGUUAAUGGAAUUCUUGCUGAUGAAAUGGGUCUGGGGAAGACGCUUCAAACUAUUUAUUUGUUGGCAUACCUUCAUGAAUACAAGGGAAUCAGUGGUCCCCAUCUGGUAGUUGCCCCAGAAUCAACCCUUGAUUUUUGGGUGCACAAAAUUGGCCUGUUUUGUCCUGAAUUAUGCGCUGUGAAGUUUCUUCGUUCUAAGAAACGGAAACAUAUACGUGAUGACCCGCUUGUUGCUGGGAAUUUUGAUAUCUGCGUCACAAGCUCUAAGACAGCCAUCCAAGAGAAGACAUCACUGGGACGAUUUAGCUGGCAUUAUAUUAUCAUUGAUGAAGAUGAAAAGGAUCAACUCAAAAACAAAAAUCAUCUCCUUUUUAAAACAAUGAGACUUUUAAGCACCAAGUAUCGGCUUCUUAUUAUGGGAAUCCCCCUUCAGGAUGACCGGAAGAAAUUUGUUCAACAACUUCACAAGGUUCUUCGACCUUCUCUUCUUCAGAGACUAACGUCAGAUGUUGAGAAAGAUUUGCCACCAAAGAAGGAGACGAUACUUAAAGUUGGCAUGUCACAGAUGCAAACAAAAUGCUACAAGGAUUUGCUGGAGAAGUAUCUWAWAACGGUUGAUAAUGCUGCUGGUGGAAAACGCAAACAUCUGCUAAACCUUGCAAUGCAACUACYAAAAUGCUGUAAUCACCCUUAUCUCUUCAACGGUGCAGAGCCUGGUCCRCCGUAUACCACAGGAYAUCACCUUAUAACAAGUGCUGGUAAGAUGGUUCUCUUGGAUAAAUUGCUUCCUAAGUUGAAGGAACGUYAUUCAAGGGUUCUGAUUUUUUCUCAGAUGACAAGACUUUUGGAUAUUCUUGAGGAUUACUUAAUGGACCGUGGUUAUCGAUAUUGCCGUAUUGAUGGAAAUACUGGUGGUGAUGAAAGAGAUGCUUCCAUAGAAGCCUACAACAAGCCGGGAAGUGAGAAAUUUGUUUUCUUGUUAUCUACUAGAGCCGGAGAACUUGAUAUCAAUCUUGCUACUGCAGAUGUUGUGAUCCUUUAUGAAAGUGACUGGAACCCACAACUCGACUUGCAMGCUCAGGAUUUUGCCCAUAGGAUUGGUCAAAAGAAAGAAGUUCAAGUGUUUCGUUUCUGCACUGAGUCUUCUAUCGAGGAGAAAGUGAUUGAGAGAGCUUACAAGAAGUUAGCAAUUGAUGCUCUGGUGAUUCAACAAGGGCGAUUGGCAGAGCAUAAAACUGUCAACAUGGAUGAGUUGCUUCAAAUGGUAAAAUAUGGUGCUGAGAUGGUGAGCCCAAUCAAAGACGAGCAUAUUGAUGUAAUCAUUGCGAAAGGAGAGGAGUCAACAGCUGAACUUGAGGCCAAGAUGAAGAAAUUAUCAGAAGGUGCUGACCUCGAUUAUGUUGAUGAUGACAAGGAAGCCAAUGACAUUUACCUUUCAUGGGCUAAUGAACUUGUAAGAAUUGAUGGACCAAGAGAUCAUGAGGUUGAUGUUGAGAAACUUGAUGAUGCUAAAAAAGCGGGAGGGAAAAGCUCCCAUAAGUGCACCCUAAUAAUUAUUGAAGGAGAUUCUGCUAAAGCUUUUGCGAGGGUGGGGAUCUCUGCGAUGACUCCUGAAGCUCGGGACUAUUAUGGAAUUUAUCCUAUCAGAGGAAAACUAAUCAAUGUAAGAGGUCUAUCUCUUCAGAAAAUCAGUACUAAUGUUGAGUUGAAAAACAUUAAGACAAUUCUCGGCCUGGGAGAUCCCGAUACACUAGAAGCAAAAAGCUCAGACCGCCCACUACGCUACGGCCGAGUCAUGAUCAUGACUGACCAGGAUGAUGAUGGGUUUCACAUCAAGGGUCUGUUGAUCAAUAUAUUUCAUUGUUUAUACCCGAGUUUACUCCAGCGGAAGACACCCUUCUUAGUUGUGUUUAUAACACCCAUUAUUAAGGCUACAAACAAAGAGACCAAGCAAACCCUGGAGUUUUAUUUGUUGGAUGAAUACAAAACUUGGAAUAAAGAUCUAGGCGCCAAUGCAACAGAUUGGGACGUUAACCAUUACAAGGCUGUUAGGUCUGGACAGUUCAGUCCAGCAAAAGGUAGAAUCCAUGGUACUGAGACCGGAAACUUGGCACACUCGGCUUGGGGACAUGCUGGAACUCAUGGGAGAAGGAAAGGGAAUCAAGGUGGACAAGACAUACUGGGUUCAAAGAAGCUGACUGGGAAGACAGAUUCUCAGGAAAUGGAUAAGAGGAAGAGAAUUAAGAAACGGGGACUUGGUUCGUUCGAAAAUGAAGAGGGAAAACUGUACUUCAAAGAUUUUCAAAGUCAUGUAAAAAGCUUGGUCUCCUUGGAUACAAAAAAAGAUGAAAUUGCGAUGAAGCUUGCAUUUUCUAAAUCGCAAGCGCAGAUAGAUGCCCGAAAAGCUUGGAUUGCGAAGUUUAUAGCUAAAAGAAAAAAGAUACUUCAAAAAGCCAGGAAACGUGACUUGAAGAAAGAAUUUACAAUUGCUGAAUUCGUACACCGAGAGCUGUGUUUUUACUUCCAGGCAGAUCUUCGACGAUCAAUUCCCUCAAUACUCGAUGGGCUCAAGUUGCCUCAGAGAAAAGUUCUUUUUGCUGCGUUCAAGAAAAACAUGAUCACGGGCACCAAGGUCAAGGUGUCUGUCCUAGCUAGUGAGGUGUGUGAGCAUGCUGCCUAUUACCAUGGUAUGGAUAGUGUUGUGAGUACCAUAAUUCAUAUGGCACAAGAUUUCGUUGGGAGUAACAACAUUAAUCUCCUCCAGCCCAUUGGUCAUCUCGGUACUCGUAACAUGGGAGGAAAAGAUGCGGCUCAUGCAAGAUACGUCAAGGUUAGGCUCUCUCCAAUCACAAGACUCUUGUUUCGCGAGGAAGAUGAUAAUUUACUUGAAUAUGAGAACGAAGACGGGAACAACCCUGAGCCAUCUUGGUUUUUGCCUAUUAUACCUAUGAUACUGGUCAACGGGUGUCGUGGAAUAGCAACCGGAUGGAGUUCUUAUGUUCCAAACUACAAUCCUGUUGAUGUUAUAAAGAACAUAAUGUAUUUGUUGCUUGGUAAAGAUAUGAAGCUCAUGAAACCUUGGUAUAGACGUUUUAAAGGAAGUAUCAAGAAAGUUCAACAGUCUGUUACCUCGUAUAGAACAUCUGGUGCAUAUACUAUGGUUGAUGACACCACCAUAAGAUUUACAGAACUUCCAAUUGGAGUAUGGACAGAAGACUUCACAAAGAGGCUGAAAGCUAGUGGUAUCAAGGAUAUCCAAGAUAUUAGUGAUGAGUUUGGAGUUGAUUUGAUAGUCAAAAUGCCUAAGAUAGGCUCAGAAAGGAAGAAAGUGCCUGGUUUUAAGAUGAAUCACUUUAAACUCAGAUCGUGCUUAUCCAUUACGAACAUGAAUCUAUUCAGUUCUAAGCUUGUGUUGAAGAAGUAUAAAGAUCCACUUGAAAUUAUGGAGAAGUUUUACGAGUUAAGGCUGCCGUUUUAUCAGCAGAGAUUGGACUGUAUCAUGGAUGAUGUGGUAUGUCGACGGCGUGAAAUAAUCAAAGAAAUGAGAGUUCUUCAUACACUUGGAGCAGGAGGUGAUGAUGUGGAUAACAGGAACAAGAAGAAAAGGCGCCGGGGUGAAAAGAAAAAAAAGAAAUGGUACUAUAACACCUCAAACCACCAACCUGAUGAAAAAUCGGACCGUAUGAAAGAACUCAAAUCAGAAGAUGAUAGGUUGCGGAGAAUUCAACAAUGGGUGGAAUGCACCACUCCAGAAUCUGUCUGGUAUUCUGAGUUAACACCUCUUCUAAAAAAAGUAAAGGAACUAUAUGAGGCUGAUAUGAAACUUGAGGUGCUAUUUGGAUUCUAG